AUGUCUGACUCCAGGAACUACACCGUAGGAUGGAUUUGCGCUCUUGAGACGGAAUACGUCGCUGCACAAAGCUUUCUCGACGAAGAGCAUAAAGGGCCAGAGUAUGUAUCUCCUCAUGAUAAUAAUGAUUAUACCCUAGGCAAGAUUGGGAAACAUAAUGUUGUCAUCGCUGUUCUUCCCGAUGGAGAGUAUGGCACUUCAUCCGCCGCUAGCGUUGCAAGAGAUAUGCUACAUAGCUUUCCCAACGUCAGGAUUGGCCUGAUGGUUGGCAUUGGCGGCGGCGCGCCAAGUUCAAAACAUGAUAUUCGCCUAGGUGAUAUUGUGGUCAGCGCUCCUCGUCAUGGAGAGAGCGGUGUAUUCCAGUAUGACUUUGGCAAAACAAUACAGAACCAGAGUUUCCAACCAACGGGUUUCUUAAACCAAACGCCAAUGGUGCUACGGACCGCUAUUAAUGGAAUUAAAGCGGAGCAUAAGCGGAAAGGGCACCAAAUUGAACAGGCAAUAAAUGGCGUUCUCCAAGAGAGUCCUAGGUUAAGGAGAGACUAUAAGCGACCAGACAUGAACAGCGAUAGACUAUAUCUGAGCGAGUUCGUCCAUACGAAGGAAGAGGAGACUUGCGCAGUAGCAUGUGGUGAUAAUCCGUCCAGCCUAGUGCCUCGGAUUAAACGAACCGAGAGCGAUGAUAACCCAGCAAUUUUCUAUGGUACCAUUGCUUCGUCAAAUCAACUUAUGAAGGAUGCCGUGGCCCGAGAUAGUCUCGCGAAAGAGAAGGAAGUUCUAUGCUUUGAAAUGGAAGCAGCAGGGCUAAUGAAUCACUUCCCUUGCCUAGUUAUUCGUGGUAUUUGCGAUUAUGCAGAUUCCCACAAGAAUAAAGAAUGGCAAGGGUAUGCGGCAAUGGCGGCAGCUGCUUAUGCUAAAAACCUACUCUGUCGGAUUCCUCUUAAUAAGAUGGAAGCUGAGAAGAAGCUCUGCGAUGUUAUUUCUUCUGUAAAAAAUAGUUUAGAUGAAGUAUAUACUGCUACUCAAGACACAAAAGCUACAGUUCAAAAUCUGGAUCUCGAACAAAAGCGGGGAAAGGUUGAAUAUUGGCUCUCGCCACCAGAUCCCUCGACAAACUUUAACAAAGCUCUACAGCAACGGCAUAAGGGCUCUGGCCUUUGGUUUUUGCAAAGUGAUAACUUCAUCAAAUGGAGAACGCAGCCAAGUUCAUUUCUAUGGCUUCAUGGCAUCCCAGGCUGUGGUAAAACGAUCCUAAGCUCUACCAUUAUUGAGCAACUGGGUACUAUGCUACCUUCUCAAACGAUUCUCUAUUUCUAUUUCGAUUUUAACGAUACGGCUAAGCAAACACUUGAUAAGAUGAUACGUUCACUUAUUUACCAGUUUUACCAUAAUGAUGAAAAGGAUUCGCAGCCACUAUAUUCUCUCUUCUCAUCAUGUAAAGACAGACAGCGACAACCGACAACCGAAGAGCUUUGCAACGUGUUCUUCGAGAUGCUGAACCGAAUUGAAGAAAUUUGGAUCGUCCUUGAUGCUCUGGACGAAUGCAGUACCAGAAGAGGCCCAGCGAUAAAUGGAGUACUAUCAUGGAUCAGAGAAAUUUUGAACACGGAGCAAAGGAAUGUCCACCUUCUUGUAACAAGUCGUCCAGAACAAGAUAUUGAAUCUGAGAUAACUCAACAUUACCAAAAAGAUGACAUAAUUGCAAUCAAGAGUGGCCUUAUUAGCGACGACAUCCGCGCGUACAUCCAUGCCAGAGUCAGAGAGAAUCCUGGCCUCAAGAGGUGGUGGUCGCAUGUGGAAGUCCAAAAUGAGAUUGAGUUGCGACUUAUAGAGAAAGCGGAUGGAAUGUAA